AUGGUCGUUUUUAAGAGCACGCACCCAAGCAUUGACUUGCCAACCGACAUCACUAUCUGGCACUGGCUCUAUGGCGAUGACUCUCCCUAUUCGCCCAUCAACAGGUUUCCCGAAGACAAACUCGCUGGUUUUCUCGACGCCUCGACUGGAGAACGACUGUCUUGGAAACAAGUCAAAGAAGCAGCCACCUACAUUUCCACGGCGCUCACCAAGAAAUAUGGCUUUCGCGAGGGCGAGACGCUCAACCUGUUCAGCCGCAACUCGGUGUGGUAUCCUGUCACCUUGUUCGCGGCCAUCCGAGUUGGCGGCGUUGCGUCCGGUGCCUCUCCAGCUUAUAACGUGGAGGAGAUGACAUAUGCACUGAAGACGGCCAGCGCUCGCUUCAUCGCAACUCACCCUGCAUCCAUGGAGGUUGCAGUGAGGGCAGCCAAGAACGCGGGCAUCCCGAAGAAGCACAUGUUCUUGCUAGAGGGCAAGUAUGAGGACUACACGACGGUCCAGGAACUGGUUGAGAUUGGCAAGUCUUACGGGCCAGAGGGGCAGGUCGCGGAGUACAAGCUACCUCCUGGCAAGAAGAACAAGGACGUCUGUGCAUUCUUGAGCUUCUCCUCUGGCACCACAGGACUGCCGAAAGCCGUAAUGAUCGCCCACCAGAACGUCAUUGCACAGGCCAUGCAGAUCCUCCAGCUCACUCCGGAGGACACGAACAAGGCCCUCGCCGUGCUGCCCCUGUUCCACAUCACCGGCAUCGUGCACAGCAUGAACCUGCCCGUCGCCAAGAACGCGGAGGUCAUCAUGCUGCCCACAUUCACGAUGGAGGGGAUGCUCGAGGCCGUCGUCAAGUACCAGAUGCCCGAGAUGCUGCUCGUGCCGCCGAUCCUGAUCCGCCUCGUGCGCGACCCGGUCGUGGACAAGUACGACCUGCGGUGCGUGAAGCGCUUCUCGUGCGGCGCGGCGCCGACCUCGGAGGAGAUCCUGCAGCUCCUGCAGAAGAAGUUCCCCGGCACCGGGUUCAAGCAGGGCUACGGCAUGACCGAGAGCUGCUCCUGCAUCACCGCGCACCCGCCGGACAAGCUCGACUUCCGUUACGCGCACAAGGUCGGCACUAUCGUGGCGAGCACCGAGGUCAAGAUCAUCAAGGAGGACGGCACGGAGGCGGGCAUCGGUGAGCCUGGCGAGAUCCUGGCGCGCGGGCCGCAGGUGGUCAUGGGGUACUUGAACAACGAGAAGGCCACGCGCGAGACGUUUGAUGCGGAUGGCUUCCUGCACACGGGGGACCAAGGCGUCAUGGGCGAAGACGGGUUCCUCACCAUCACGGACCGCAUCAAGGAGCUCAUCAAGGUCAAGGGCAUCGGCAUAGCGCCUGCCGAGCUCGAGGAUCUGCUGCUGGGCCACGAAAAGAUCGAGGACUGCGCUGUGCUGGGCAUCAAGGACGAGUGGUCCGGCGAGAAGCCCAAGGCCUACGUCGUGCUCAAGCCUGGAGUCAGGAAGGAGCAGGCGGUCGGGCUUGAAAUCCUGGAUUAUGUGCGUGCCAACAAGGUGCGGCACAAGUGGCUCAAGGAGAUCGAGUUUACCGAUGAGAUUCCCAAGAGCGCCAGCGGCAAGAUAUUGAGAAGGGUGCUGCGCGAUCAGGCCGCAAAGGGCACGGCGGGGCUUGUGGUCAGGGCCUCAAGCUCAAAGGCGAAGUUGUGA